UGUUGUUAAAUAUUUAUUUAUGCAUAGUGAUUAGUAGAAGUCUACCUUAUGAGCUAUAGUUAAUACUUAUUCAUUUAUUUAUAGCAGAUAUGAUCGUAGCGGAGUCUUGGCAAGCACGGUUCAUCCUGUGGCUGUUACCUAUUAUGGUGAUCAUCGGUCUGCUGGCUUUACUGAGCUUCAUCGGCCUACUCUUCGCAAUUAGGAUCUACGCGAGUUACACCUGCGGCCGAUACAGGGACAGGACCAAGAUGGACGGGAAGACUGUCAUAGUUACAGGCUGCACCAGCGGUAUUGGGAAGGAGACUGCGAAAGAGUUGGCCAAGAGAGGUGCCAAAGUGAUCAUGGCUUGUCGCAACUUGGAUGCUGCUGAGAAAGUUAAAAAUGACAUCAUCGAAUCGACUAAGAACGAAAAAGUAUUCGUGAAAAAACUAGACCUCAGCUCAUUUAAAUCAAUUAGAGCGUUCGCUGAAGAAAUCAAGAGCACAGAAGACAAAUUAGACGUACUAGUCCACAACGCAGGUUACGCAGAGACCUUCAGGAAGAGGAAAUCUGAGGACGACAUCGAAUUGACCAUGGCGACCAACCACUACGGCCCGUUCCUGCUGACUCAUCUCUUAAUAGAUUUGCUGAAAAAGAGUACGCCGUCCAGAAUCGUCGUUGUCGCAUCUUCUCUUUACCGUUUAGCUUCAGUUAAUUUAGACAACCCCAAUCCUAUAGAUACUUUUCCCGCGUACCUUUACUACGUUUCCAAAGAGGCUAACAUACUUUUCACAAGGGAAUUGGCGCGUAGACUAGAAGGCACAGGAGUGACCGCUAACUGUCUACAUCCAGGCCUAAUCGACUCCGGUAUUUGGAGGAACGUACCAGCCCCUCUAAGUUGGGCUUUACUUCUGGUCAUCAAGGGCUUUUUCAAAACUCCAAGAGAGGGAAGUCAGACAUCGGUCAUGUUAGCCGUCGAUGAGAAAUUGGAGAAAGUCAGUGGCAAAUACUUCUCAGAUUGCGGUGAAAGCUCCGUGUCAAAUCUGGCCGGCGACAUGGGUAGGGCCAAGAAAUUGUGGGAGAUUUCAGAAACAAUGGUCAAGUUGGCAGAUACUGAUCCAAAGAUAUAAGAUGUCGGCAAAAAGUAACUAAUAGAGUGAUCGUAUAUCACUUAGUCUAUACCGCCAAAAUAUGACCAAACCGUUUGGAAAUGGGAUUACAUGUUAAUUAUUUUUCGAAGAGUAAUCCAAAAUGUGUUAAGGCGGAAAUGGAA